AGGAGACACAAGAGGCACCGUACGCAGGCUACAUCGACACUCAGGGGUACUUCUCACAGGAGCAAACUCUGGGCAUGCGUACUUUGAGGGGGAAAGAAAGAAAUAAAAAAUAAGAAGUUGAGGCCCUGCUGUAGCGACGACAAAAACGAGGGCUGUCAUUAUUUCUCCAGUGUAAGCAGUGGACUUGAAGACUGUUGAAAGAAAUUUGGAAAGGAAAACACCAGUCAGAGAUGCAGACCAACGCUGGCAGGACGGGAUACGCGGAUCUCGGCAAGGCCCUGUGCAUCAUCACCGGAGCAUCCAAAGGCUUUGGCAGGAGCUUAGCCCAGCUUGCCAGCCCCCUCCUGCGGCCUGGCUCUGUGAUGGUGCUGGUCGCCAGAUCGGGGGAUAAGCUACAGGAGUUGCAGUCUGAAAUCUCCGGCACUAUCCCAGCCAAAGAUGGUUUAGAAAUUAGAUGCGUGGAGGCGGACCUCGGGAGAAAAGACGGGCUGCAGGAGGUCGUGAGAGUGGUGUCUGAAAUCAAACCGCAAGCCAUCGACCACGUCCUUCUCAUCAACAAUGCAGCCGCUCUCGGAGAUGUCUCCCAUUUCACGGCGGAUUUCACGUGCCUUGCAGAGGUGGAUGCCUACCUUUCCUUCAACGUGAGCUCAAUGCUGUGCCUCACUGCCUCCGUGCUGAAGGCAUUUCCAAAGCAAGACGGGCUGAGGCGCACCAUGGUCAAUGUGAGCUCUCUGUGUGCCUUGCAGCCUUUCAAGUCCUGGUCUCUGUACUGCGCGGGCAAGGCUGCUCGGGAGAUGCUCUUCAGAGUGCUGGCAGAGGAAGAGCCUGACGUGAGGGUGUUGAAUUAUGCACCAGGUCCUCUCGAUACAGACAUGCAGUUGGAGGCUCGCUCAUUCUCUGGAGACCUGGAGCUGCGGCAGACCAUCAACAGCAUGCACACCAGCGGCCAGCUGCUCUCCUGCUCCCAGUCUGCCACCAAACUGAUGCAGCAACUACUGAGAGACGAGUUCAAGUCGGGAGCCCAUAUAGACUACUACGAUGUGUAGAGCCCAGUCUGACAGGAGCGCAUGUGCAGGCCAGGUCUCUGGACUUACCUGCACAUCCUUACAAUAGGUUUUCAUUUUGUGAAUCUAUUGCACAUGAAAAAUACAAGAAAGUGAGAGAGUGUACCUCAGUCAUCACCUGGACACCCCUGCCUGCCAGCCAGCCAGCCAGCCAGCCAGCCUUCCUGUUAUUCAGUCCUGGGCCUGUCUCUAGCAGGGAUAGCCAGUUCUGCCUUGUUAUUGGGGCUAAUGGUAAUUGAGUUCAGUUGCACAGUUAGUGCAAACAAAUGUACAGAUGAGCUCCUAAUGCUUUAAGACAUGAAGCGCUACAUAAAUCAGCUGAAAAUUAGAGUGUUUGCUGAGUUCACUAACUAGGGGCAUCUAUCAUUCCUCUGUUUGUAAGCAUUUUUUUUUUAAGGAGAAGUUUUUAUAUGCAAAAUUUACAUUCCUUUAAAUACAAAAAUAAAAACAAACCUUAGUUUCCAGUUCUAAGGAAAAAAUAUGUGUUUUAAAUGAAGACAUUUACUUUUUUUUUCUUAAUUCAGUGAUGCAAGUUUUAUUUACUAGCACCAUACAACAGGGAAAUACUGGCAGUCUGAAGCAGCGCUGAAUUUUUUUGACUGAAUAAACACCUCUUGACAUUUUAAAGCAAACCCUUAAAUGUAAUGUCAUGUGACUGUCGCAACAGAGGUGACCACAUGUUUGCCAACAGCAAAGGGGUUUAUUCAGGUCCAGGGAUAAGUCUAAUAGAUGUGUCCAGUUAUCAGGUAUACCUAUACAGACAAACUAAACAACACUAAGAAACAGAACCCUGUAUCUGGAAAUGUUUCAGGUACCGAGCACAAUGAAAAUGGCUUUGCAGUGUAUGGUGGAAUAAACCAAGCCCUGUUUCUGUUUCCCCUCCCACUGGUCUACUCCAUAUCAUGUCUGAAUCAUGCAUUGUUUUAAUGUGCCUUUCCUGCUGUAAAGAGAUGGUUUUAUGUGAGAUGCAGUGUAAUAUAAAUGUUCUUAAUAAAAUGCAUUCUCAUCA